UAGGUAGGUACGUAGGUACCGUGUACGUGUACAAAUAACAUUUGAUAUUUUCGGAUACCUCAAAUCGGUUUACUUUCAAUUUUUGAAUAAAAAAUAUAAUGAUACGUGUCCAAAAAUUUUGUAAAGUCGAUAUAAUUGCAUCAUACCUUUUGUGAAGGAAUAGUUUCGAGCGCGGUCGACGUAUUUGCACCGCAAGCAAAUUUUACUAAUACUUAACUUUUCAAUAUUUUUAAUAUCAAAAAUGAAUAAAAGUAGCAGUGAAAUUCGCUUUAUUACAUACGCGUGUGGAAUAUUUUUUUGUUACUUCAUAUAUGGAAUGCUACAGGAGAAGAUAACCAGGGGAAAUUAUGGUAAUAACGAUAAGUUUACAUGCACCCUGUCCCUGGUGUUAGUACAAUGUAUUGUUAACUACAUUUUUGCCCAGAUAUUAAUGCUAUCCUGGAAACAUGAAAAAGAUACUACAAGGAAAAUUUAUUACUUUUCCUCAGCUGUUACUUACUUAUUAGGCAUGGUCAGUUCUAACAUGGCCUUGCAGUGGAUUAAUUACCCGACCCAGGUGGUGGGGAAAGCUGCAAAGCCAAUCCCCGUCAUGAUACUUGGCGUGCUUCUUGGCAAGAAAGUAUAUCCUCUCAGGAAAUACUUCUUCGUACUUCUCAUUGUGAUGGGUGUGGUGCUGUUCAUGUUCAAAGAUCAAGCCAAGAAGGUCACUGAGGAAUCCCAGGCUCUUGGUAUUGGUGAACUGUUGCUGUUCCUAUCUUUGACCAUGGAUGGCUUGACUGGUGCUGUUCAGGAGCGUAUCAAGACAGAAUCUUCUCCAACUGCUUACGCUAUGAUGUUGAAUACAAAUUGGUGGUCCUCCAUUAUUCUGUCCAUUGGGGUGCUAUUAACGGGAGAAUGCUUCAAGUUUGUGGCCUUCGUGAACCAGUACCCCGAGGUGUUGAUGUAUUUGGCGGCAUUUGCUUUGAUGGGCGCGCUCGGACAACUGUUCAUAUUCUUUAUGGUGUCUGAGUUCGGUCCAUUGCCCUGCUCUGUAGUGACAACAACAAGGAAAUUCUUUACAGUCUUAGCGUCUGUCAUCAUUUUUGGAAAUGUGCUAAUUUUCAGACAGUGGAUUGGCGCAAUUUUCGUUUUUUCUGGUUUGUUUUUGGAUAUCUUCUACAGCAAAGGAAAAUCCCAACCGAAAAGGGUAGCAGAUAAGUGACCUAAUUUGAUUGAUUUGUAAAGAAAUAGAUUUCGUUUUAACAUCCAAAUUUAUUUAUUUUUUCGAGAAAAUUAGAUUGAAAAUUUUAUGUAUCGUCUGUUUAGUUAUCAUUUAUACUUAAAUUAUAAAUUAAUUUGCAUUUUUUAUUCAAAAACAGCAAAGCGAAUGUAUUCUAAUUAUGUUUUUAUUGCAUUGUCCUAAGGCUAGUUAUAUUCAAGGAACUGAUAUUA